AAGAUCCCUUUGCAAUGACUUUCUUCCAUGUUAUUGACAUUUUUUUGAUAAAGCGAUUAAAGAAUCCCAUGAGAAGUUCAGAAGAACUACAGGUUAUGGUCUAACCCCCCAACUUAACCAUAAGUCCAUACCUGAAUUUCAGUUAUUCAGUUUUGGAAUGCACUACAGCACAGAUAAAUUAAAAGUUGACACACGGCACACUCAGAAGUCAGAAGAGUAUAGUGAUCUUCUUAAGAAAGGCAAAACAUUCUUCUGAUUGUAUGAAACAUUAAACCAGAUUCAAACAGAAAAUCUGCCAAAAUUGAGAACAUAAUUUGUCGAUUCUACUGUAAGUGGGAAUGUACAAAAUAUUUUUUUUGUUAUAUAACUCUAUAUUAAAAGAAACCUGAACCUGAUGAUUACUGUCCUUCAACAUAGAAAUAAACAUCUUCAUUACCUUUGGUUUAGAGAUUAGGCCAACAUUGUUAGUAUACCAAUUCUUAGCCGUUCCAGUAAAUAUACAACAUUCGGAAAAGAUAACCCUUUUUCAUUAAUUAGAAGGAUUGAAACCUCGACAUCUCUUGGAAGUAUUGUAAGAAAAAUCUCAAUUUGGCCUCCAAUAUUGAAGAGGUCUUUUACACAUUCAUCCUGUAACUUGUAAUUUGUAAGUAGUUCAAAUUUGCAUGGCUAUGAUUUUCUCAGUUCUUCCCAAACGAUUCUCUACUAUUGCACCAAUAUUUCAACCGUUACAUUUCACACAAUAUAAAUUUCUCCAUUUACAGAACAAGUUACUAAAAGAAAACAAUUCUUACAGUGACUUCGAUCUUGAGACUUACUACACUUGUCUACUUAAAAAUAUAACCCACAAGAAGCAUCUACAACAAAUUCAUGCUCGGCUACUUGUCUCUGGAAUUCAGUACAAUGGUUUCAUAAUCACUAAAUUUCUAAACGUCAGCUCUGAUCUUGGAUUAAUUCAUUAUGCCCAGGAAGUGUUUGAUGAAUUUCCUGACCCAUAUGUGUUUUUAUGGAACGCUGUUAUUCGCGGGUACUCAAUGCAGAACAUGUUUAACGAGGCCAUCAAAAUGUACUUGAGAAUGCAUGAGUUUGGUGUUCGCCCCGAUGGAUUUACCAUCCCUCACGUGCUCAAGGCUUGUGGAGGCUUACAGAGUGCUGGAAUUGGCAGGGCGGUGCAUGGACAUAUAUAUAGACUUGGGUUUGAAUGGGAUGUGUUUGUGCAGAAUGGACUUGUGUCUUUGUAUGCUAAAUGUGGUCGAAUUGAUUUUGCACGUGUCGUAUUUGAUAGGGUCGAUGAUAGGACAGUUGUUUCGUGGACGUCGAUUAUUUCUGGGUAUGCUCAGAAUGGGAAACCCUGGGAAGCCUUAGGAAUUUUUAGGGAAAUGAGGAGAGUGAGUCAGGAACUGGACUGGGUUACUUUAGUAAGUGUUUUGAGUGCUUACACCGAUGUAAAUGAUUUGCUGCAAGGAAAGGCUGUCCAUGGAUGUAUAGUAAAAAUGGGUCUUGAGUUUGAAUGUGAUUUGCGUAUAGCACUCACAACGCUAUAUGCAAAAUGUGGGGAGUUGGUUGUAGCAAAAUCAUUGUUUGAUCAAAUGGAGGUAUCUAAUGUGAUGUUGUGGAAUGCUAUGAUCUCAGGAUAUGCUAAAAAUGGCUGUGCUGAUGACGCGAUACAACUUUUCUGGGACAUGAUAAAGAGAAACAUUAGACCAGAUUCUAUCACAAUAAGGUUGGCUAUUUUAGCUUGUGCUCAUGCAGGGUCAUUGGAAGGAGCAAGGUGCAUGGAUGAGUUUAUCAUUAAUAGUGACUAUAGACAUGAUAUUUAUGUCAACACAGCUCUCAUUGACAUGUAUGCAAAAUGUGGAAGUGUAGAGCUAGCUCGCAGGGUAUUUGACAAAAUUAUAAACAAGGACGUUGUUGCAUGGAGUGCGAUGAUUGUGAGUUACGGAUUACAUGGCCAGGGUUGUCAGUCAAUUGACCUUUUUCAUGAUAUGAUUCAAGCAGGAGUGAUCCCUAAUGAUGUUACCUUCAUUGGUGUGCUCACAGCAUGUAAUCAUUCUGGUCUUGUAGAAGAGGGUUGGUACAUUUUCCACCGUAUGAAACAUUAUGGAAUUGAGCCUCGCUAUCAGCAUUAUGCUUGUGUGGUCGAUCUUCUUGGACGUGCAGGAUAUCUGGAACAGGCUUACCAUUUUAUCAGAAAAAUGCCAAUUGAACCGCAUGUCAGUGUGUGGGGAGCUCUUUUGGGUGCAUGCAAAAUUCAUCGGCAUGUGACACUUGGAGAAUAUGCUGCAGAGCAGCUUUUCUCAUUAGACCCAUAUAAUACAGGGCACUAUGUGCAGCUGUCAAAUCUUUAUGCUUCUGUUCGAUUUUGGAGUGGUGUGGCUAAGGUCAGGGUAAUGAUGAAAGAGAGAGGGCUAAGUAAAGAUCUGGGGUAUAGUUUAAUUUAAAUUAAUGGCGAGCUUUAAGCCUUUCGUAUGGCGGAUAAGUCACAUCCUAGAACAAAAGAAAUUUUCAAAAAGCUUGAGGCCUCAGAAAGAAGAUUAAGAGUGGCUGGGUAUGUCCCCGAUACAGAAUCCGUACUACAUGACUUGAGUCAUGAAGGCAAGGAGGAAUCUCUUUGCAACCAUAGCAGGAGGCUACCAAUUGCUUACGAGCUUGUAAGCACUUUUCCUGGAACCACACUUCAGAUUACCAAAACUCUGCGGGCAUGUGUGAAUUGUCAUUCAGCAACAAAGAUAAUAUCGAAGCUUGUUAACAGGGAGAUACUUGUAAGGGAUGCAGAUAGAUUCCAUCAUUUUAAGGAUGGAUUGCGUUCUUGUGGACACUACUGCUGAGCAGGAUAAAUUUAUACUUGACACUAGUCAUAUUACUCCAUUUAUCUUGCUGGAUCUUGAUAGCACCAAAAGUGCAUUUUGGUUAAAAGACUUAUCAUUCAUCAAUCAGAGCUCUGCUGAAGGUUCUGGAAUUUUUUUUACAGCAAGAUGGUUUGUAUCAGAGAAGGUUCACAAGCAUCCUGGAGACAAUGAACGUAUUCAUUUCGUAUUUCAUUGACCUCGCGGAGUUUAAUAAGACACUAUGGCCAGUUCAAUAUGGACUGCUCUGGCUUCAGUAUAAACGUCACUGCUUGCAUGAAGUGGCAAAGUUGAAAGGGUCGCUGUGUUGGAAAAAUAUUAUGUGGAAUGAGAACUGGACGUGUGAGUGGAAGCCGCCAUGACUAAAUAUAUACAUACUCUUCGUGAAGACCAGACUGCAAAUCUGCUUUGUUAUACCCGUCUAUACUCUGGCGCGUUUGUUUUAUCAUCAUAAUUAUUAUUACUGUGCUAGUCUUUGGAAAGUUUGCCAACUAGACGUGUACAUCUCCUGUUUUGCAUUAGACUUCUUUAUAAACGUACUAAAAAUUUAACAAGUCAAUCUCCAUUCUUCCUUUUUAUUCUAAACAUUACUGU